CAGCACACACCAUCACAGCGCUCCAAAUUAAUGGAGGAACUCAAAAAAUGAUCUAACAUCACAGCUAGAGGCAAAAUUAGGAAGCAUGUUGUUUCACUAAAUUAUGCUUCUGCAUUGGUACCAGCUUGUUUCCGUUGUAAAUUGUUAGUCGUAAUAUUCGCUGGGAGAGAAUUUGUCUGCCUUUUGUUUCCUCGUAUGGAAUUCAUGACUUUUGCUUUUAAUAAGCAAUAUUCAGCGUUCAGCCAAACACUGUCUGAGGAAUCCAAAAUCAAACACGAUCUACUGUAAUUCACUUUCAUGGGCCGUGUUUACCUUGAUCCAUCAUAUAAUGAACAGGAGAGAAAUUUACUGGAGGAAGGAACAAAAGAAUCAUCAUCUCCGCAAAUAGACCCAUAUAUGAUCAGUGAUGUGGGUGGACUCGCCAGCUCCUUCACCGCUCAGAAAUGUGUUGGUCCAUUUGCAUACUGUCUGUUGACUCCAUCAACUGAAGCAAGCGCAUUUUAGAAAAAAAAAUCGGCAAAAGAGGCAAUUGACGAAACUAGUGGAAAUACCAAAACUUGCCUCAUGAAGACCACUGAAGCCAACUGAAGCAAUGCGGUGUCCUCUGAGGUUUUACUUGGCUUACCUGGUUCUGCUGGGCUUCAGCGGUGUAAUUUCGAUCUAUGGCCCACACCAGAGAGCCCAGAAGACAGGUGACAUACUGCUGGGGGGGCUUUUCCCAAUACACUUUGGGGUGACAUCCAAAGACCAGGAUCUUGCAGCGAGGCCAGAGUCAACGGAGUGUGUCAGAUAUAACUUUCGUGGAUUCCGUUGGCUACAGUCUAUGAUCUUUGCUAUAGAGGAAAUCAACAACAGCUCUGCUUUUCUUCCAAAUAUCACGCUUGGCUACCGUAUAUUUGACACAUGUAACACUGUCUCGAAAGCCCUGGAGGCGUCGCUCAGCUUUGUUGCACAGAAUAAGAUCGAUUCACUCAACUUGGAUGAGUUCUGUAACUGCACAGGGAACAUCCCAUCAACCAUUGCAGUGGUUGGAGCAUCUGGAUCUGCAGUCUCUACAGCCGUGGCUGACCUUCUGGGCCUCUUCUACAUUCCUCAGAUAAGCUAUGCUUCAUCUAGUCGACUUUUGAGCAACAAGAAUCAGUAUAAAUCGUUCAUGAGAACCAUCCCCACAGAUGAGUAUCAGGCUAUAGCCAUGGCUGCCAUCAUUGACCACUUCCAGUGGAACUGGGUGAUUGCCAUCGCCUCGGACGAUGAAUAUGGCCGUCCAGGGAUCGAAAAGUUUGAGAAUGAAAUGUUUCAUAGGGACAUCUGCAUCGAUCUCAAUGUUUUAAUUUCACAAUACAUCGAUGAAGCUGAGAUACGCCGCUUGGCAGACCGCAUCGAGAAUUCAACCGCUAAAGUCAUCGCCGUGUUCGCUAGUGGACCGGACAUCGAGCCACUCGUUAAAGAGAUGGUGAGGCGAAACGUCACAGAUCGCAUUUGGUUGGCAAGUGAGGCGUGGGCCAUCUCUAGCCUGGUUGCCAAGCCAGAGUACCUUGAUGUCAUGGGAGGAACGAUUGGCUUUGCGCUGAGGGCUGGCCAUAUACCCGGCUUCAAAGAAUUUCUACAGGAGGUGCAUCCAAAGAAGUCCAGCCAUAAUGAGUUUGUGCGAGAAUUUUGGGAGGAGACUUUUAACUGCUAUCUUGAAGACAGUCCAAGGAAUGAAGACAGUGAAAAUGGAAGUACAAGUUUUAGACCUCUGUGCACUGGUGAAGAGGAUAUUGCAAGUGUGGAGACGCCUUACCUGGACUUCACACACCUACGGAUUUCUUACAAUGUUUAUGUGGCUGUUUAUGCCAUAGCACAGGCACUUCAGGACAUACUUACCUGCACACCUGGAAAAGGAUUGUUUGCUAAUGGCUCUUGUGCAGACAUUAGGAAAGUAGAAGCAUGGCAGGUUCUGAAACAACUGAGACACCUAAACUUCAUAAACAGCAUUGGGGAGAGGGUGCGCUUUGACAAUGGCAGUGAGCUCUCAGCAAAUUAUACCAUUAUAAACUGGCAUCGAUCACCUGAAGAUGGUUCUGUUGUGUUUAAGGAGGUUGGUUACUACAGUAUACAUAACAAGAACGGAGCCAAACUUUCCAUUGACAAGACAAAAAUACUGUGGAAUGGCCGUCUAACUGAGGUACCAUUUUCCAACUGUAGUGAGGAGUGUGAACCUGGAACCAGGAAAGGAAUUAUUGAUGGGGAACCCACAUGCUGCUUCGAGUGUACAGAGUGCUCAGAUGGGGAGUACAGUGAUCAUAAAGAUGCCAGUGUUUGCUCUAAAUGCCCGAACAACUCCUGGUCUAACGGCAAUCACACAUCCUGCUUUCUGAAGGAGAUCGAGUUUCUGUCCUGGACCGAACCGUUUGGGAUCGCUCUGGCCUUACUUGCAGUUCUCGGGGUUCUGUUAACAGCUUUCGUGUUGGGUGUUUUUGUGCAAUACCGUGAUACUCCGAUUGUGAAAGCAUCGAAUCGAGAGCUGUCGUUUCUUCUGCUUUUCUCACUCAUCUGCUGUUUCUCCAGCUCUCUUAUAUUCAUAGGAGAACCACAGGACUGGACGUGCCGUGUACGGCAACCAGCUUUCGGAAUCAGCUUUGUAUUAUGCAUCUCUUGCAUUCUAGUGAAAACCAAUCGUGUCCUACUGGUGUUCGAAGCCAAAAUCCCCACCAGCCUCCAUCGUAAAUGGUGGGGACUGAACCUGCAGUUCUUACUGGUGUUCCUGUUCACGUUUGUGCAGGUGAUGAUAAGCCUGGUUUGGUUGUACAAUGCUCCACCAGGGAGUUACAAGAACUACGACAUCGACGAGAUCAUCUUUAUCACCUGUAACGAGGGCUCCAUGAUGGCGUUGGGAUUCCUGAUCGGUUAUACGUGUCUGCUGGCGGCCGUUUGUUUCUUCUUUGCCUUCAAGUCGCGGAAACUUCCUGAAAACUUCACGGAGGCCAAGUUCAUCACAUUUAGCAUGCUCAUUUUUUUCAUCGUUUGGAUCUCCUUCAUCCCCGCGUACUUCAGCACGUAUGGCAAAUUUGUCUCGGCGGUCGAGGUCAUUGCAAUUCUAGCUUCCAGCUUCAGUCUGCUCGCCUGUAUCUUUUUCAACAAGGUCUACAUCAUCCUCCUGAAACCCUCCAGGAACACGAUUGAGGAGGUUCGUUGUAGCACAGCAGCUCACGCUUUCAAAGCAGCAGCGAAAGCGACACUGCGACACAGUUCUAGCUCCAGGAAGAGGUCAGGCAGCGUGGGUGGGUCCUCUGCCUCCUCGCCCUCUUCGUCAAUCAGCCUGAAGACCAUUGGCAAUGAAAUGGAGUCCCCCUCCACGCGGAGACAUAGUCAGAAACCAAGGGUGAGCUUUGGAAGCGGAACAGUCAGUCUCUCCAUAAGCUUCGAGGAAGCCAGGAAGAACUCGGUCCAGUGAGGGCACACAAACUGGUUUCCUCUCUGAUUUUGGUCGUAGGAUAUGAUUGUUUUUGUACUCAGAGGCGGUAUCGCUAUAGCUGUAUCUAUCAUUUUCUCCAAAGCAACUUCCCAGUCUUCAGUCCCGGACUGAUCUCUGUCAACUAAACUUAGAGCCACCAUAACUCACUGACACUAAAGAGUCAUUUGUGUACGAUCCAUCUGUCGUCUUUCAUAGACACUUUAAUCUCACUCUGUUCUGGGCAUCUGCUGAAUGCCUUAAAUGUAACACAGAAGCAGAUAAAUAAAAUAAAA